AGUAGAGGAAGAACUUCAGAAUUUUAUUCUUGAAAAAUCCCAUCUCUUUCAGCGUUUAUGGUUGAUUUUGUUUCAAGCAAAGCAUCCAAUCCAAGUUACAAUCAAAGCUAAGGGAAAAGAAAGAAAGUAGCCUGCACAUUCUUCUAAGUGACAGUUGAUUCUCUUUCAAAGGGUAUCUGAAAAGACUAAUAUUUUGUGAAAUAUUAUUUCUUCCUUAAGCUUCUCAAGGUCUCUACCACUUUCAAUCAGUCCAUUGCUAAUGGUGCCAUAAUCCCAGUUGAGUAGAGUAAAAAUCAAGAGUCGUUUUUGUUAUAUUUUUCUGUGCUACCUAUAUUUUCUCUUGAAAAAAAUGUCAUCAACAAUGAGGGAAACUUCUAGAUUAGCUGAAGCCUCAAUCAACGGUAUCAUCCGACGCAUGGUUAAUCUUCCAAGAAGCAUAUUAGGAGGAUUUUCAAGAGUUAUGAAUGGAGGAAGAAACCAAACUUUGCCAUCCAGUUACCAAUAUCAAAUUCUGCAGCAGGACACACCUUAUGUGCCGGAAGAAUGGUCUUUCCUCACCAGUUUCCAAUACCAGUAUGGCUCGAUGCACCCAUUUUUUUACGCCUGUCGAUUUGCAGAAGCCCUGAAGAUAGCAGAAGAUGAUCAAAAGUUCUUAUUCUUGUAUCUGCACUCACCAGAUCACCCAUUCACACCCUCUUUCUGCGAAGAGACAUUGUGUUCAGAGCUAGUAGUGCAGUUUCUUGAUGCUAAUUUCAUAUGUUGGGGAGCACUUGCAAGCAGAGGAGAAGGUCUACAGAUGGCUACAACAUUAGGAGCUACCAGUUUCCCAUUCUGUGCCGUGAUUGCUCCGGCUCCAGGUGAAAGCAUAACAGUCCUACAACAGCUUGAAGGGCCACUCUCUCCAGCUGAUUUGGUGGAGAUUCUACAAAGAACAAUGGAGGAACAGGGAUCAGCUUUUGGUAGCUCCAAACUGAAGCGAGAAGAAAAGAUAAGAGCAGAUCGAAGGAUAAGAGAAGAGCAAGACAGAGCAUAUAAUGCUGCUCUUAAACAAGAUAAGGAGAGGGAAAGACUUAAAAAUCCACCUCUGGUGUUGCCUAAGAAAGCAAUUGAUGAGAGGCUCAAACAGAAUUCUCCAAUUGAACAACAAGGUAGAGUGAAAGAACCUACUUUUACUCGUGAAACUCCGAACAAGGAUCCUGCAAAUACAGGAAAAGAUUCUCAUCCCAGCUCCCAGAUACUAAUAAGGUUUCCAAACGGUGAAAAGAGAGAGAGAAGGUUUUCAAGCAUGGACAAGGUGAAAUCAGUUUACAGUUAUGUUGAUUCGCUCGGCCUGCCUGGUACUGAAAACUAUAGAUUGAUAGCAAGCUUCCCAAGAAGAGUAUAUGGUACCGAUGAGAUGAAUAUGACUCUGAAAGAUGCUGGCCUUCACCCAAGAGCAAGUCUGUUUUUGGAGUGUAAAUGAUGUAAUUUACUUUCAUGAUCACCAUAGUUUAGCAAUGAUAACAGCAGAUCUUAUUGUGAUCUUGUUUAGCAACUACUCUGCACCACACCAAGCAAAGCUUAUUGAAUUUCUUGCUAUUAAACCCGAAA